AUGUUGUUCCAUCUAAAGGUGACUUGCCUAUUACAGCAAGGAUGCAAAAGUGGAUUGAACAACCGGACUGAUGAUGAAGAAGAUGUAGAUAAAGAUGAAGAAGAAUCAGCCACUGAUAAAGGAGAAUGGUUUUGCUCAUGGAACGGACUCCCCCUAAGGAUGAACGAACACAUUCAUUUUUCAACUACUUCUUCAUCCUCUUCCUUUGUUGAUGACAUUGUACCUCGUGGAUCAACCCCUCCUGUUGGAGAUACUACUAAGCCAAUGAUCCAAGAUGAACUUUCUCCAAAAUUUUCUCCUUCUCCUCAAGUUGAUAUUAUUCCUCAAGCCGAGACGGUUCGCCCUAUGCCAACUGUUGGGUUUUUAUUCAAAAAUCCGGUUUCGCAACCGGUAAAAAAUGACAAUGGAAGCUUUUAA